UCUGUGACAGUCAUGAUUCCUCAGCCAGAAACACGGCCCAUUUCACAAGAGCAGCUUGUGGCAGAAGUCAAGGGGAUUUACGCCGGCCUUGUGAUGGUCGAGUCCAAGUGUAUCGAGGUUGACACUGCUCAGAGCACACAGGCCGAGAGCACUGCUAAACUCAACAAUGAACAGUGGCAGGCCCUGAUUGCUCUCCACCGCACCCUCCUUCAUGAGCAUCACGACUUUUUCCUCGCCUCUCAGCACCCUUCUGCCUCGCCUGCCCUUCGAAGGCUUUCUCAGAAGUACGCAAUGCCGGCGAGAAUGUGGAGACAUGGCAUCCACUCGUUCCUUGAGCUGCUUCGAUCUCGCCUGCCCGCCUCCCUGGAGCACAUGCUCACCUUUAUCUACCUGGCAUACUCCAUGAUGGCCCUGCUCUACGAGACUGUUCCGUCUUUCGAAGAUACUUGGAUUGAGUGCCUGGGAGAUCUCGGCAGAUACCGGAUGGCUAUCGAGGACGAGGAUAUUCGCGAUAGGGAGAUUUGGACUGGUGUCAGUAGGCAUUGGUACGCAAAGGCUAGCGAUAGAGCCCCUACGACUGGCCGCCUUUAUCAUCAUCUUGCGAUCUUAUCCAGGCCGAACGCUUAUCAGCAGCUCUUCUAUUACUCCAAGAGUCUGUGUGUCGCCUAUCCGUUCAAAUCAGCACGCGAUAGUAUUCUCACGCUUUUCGAUCCCAUUUUGAACAACAACCAGCAUCAGUUGCCACUUUUGGAGUUCACAUUUGUCAAAUCCCACGCCAUCCUUUUCAUUGACCAAAUGAUGGCCGACUAUAACACAACCAAGACUGAAUUCAUUGCGCGCCUUGAUCCCACAAUCUCGCGAUGUGCUAAAGGCUGGAAUACAAUAGGCGGUCAAAUCGCAAUCUCCAACAAUAAUGCGAUUUUGGAAUACGGCAAGACAGAUGCCAAUGCACAGGGAGAUAAGAACGUCAUUCUAGCCGCAUUGACUCUGAAGACUGGGAGUGCUGGGGGAGAUGUGCCCAUGGAUGGCUCGGAAGCUGAUAGCGCGGAAACGGACGGCGAACCUGUCCCCUCUGAGAUGUUCGGCAUAAUUCAGGACUUCGUCAAAGAUUGCGACCAAGUCAUGUUCAACCGCUAUGGCGAUAACAACAUCAUGAGCUAUCUACACGUCCGACUCGCUUACAUGUAUCACAUGGCCCAGAACGAAUCCGCCAUGAAGCAUCUCGAGGAUCGCUUCCCAUGGGCACAGGUCACUCGGCUCUUGAAUCUGCUUGUUGUUGAUGCUCAAGACCUCGAACGCACCGAGUCAGAGGAGUUCCCCCGCCCUACCGAGAGACCACUUCCCGAGGACUGGACCAUGCGAGGCCACCUGUGGGUAGAAGGCCUGUACCCGGACGAUUGGUUCAACUCGGAUAAGUUCGAGGAAGAUGAGAAGGUCUUCGAGCUCCCAUCCAUGAGAGAGCACCGGCGCACGCGGGUUCUCUGGUUCGGCCGCAGACUGGCAUCUUUCCGGAAAUGGAUCAUAUACGACAAGGAAUCUAAACAAUAUCAGUGCAGCUAUGUACUCAGUCAUCAAGCAGGUUGCCUUGUACAUGGUAGCCUUCCCAAGACGUUGCCCAGAAUCGCCAGGGCAUCUACCACAGACAGCACGGCUACAAUGACUGAUGAGAUGGCCGAUUCAGAGCCUGAGGACUUUACCAAAUCAGAGGCUGAGGACGCCUCAUCAAUGGUGGUCGAGGGCGAUGACUGAGCUGGAAUAAUGUCAUCACCCUCGACCACCAUUGGUGAGGCGCCCUCAACCUAGGCUUCUCGCUCAGCAGUGGUAUCCUUCGUGGCGACCAGGAUUGGACCAUGUCCUUGUGAG